AUGCGACACUACCCAGAACGAGCCAUCAACAGCCUCGCACCUGGCCUUGGUGCUGGUGCUGGUGGAACUGGAGGUGGUGCCGGUGCUGGUCUCGAUGUUGGCGCUGGUGUCGGUCUUAACGCUGGAGCUGGCCUUGGUGCUGGUGCUGGUGGAGCUGGAGGCGGUGCCGGUGCUGGUCUUGAUGUUGGCGCUGGUGUCGGUCUUAACGCCGGAGCUGGCCUUGGUGCUGGUGCUGGUGGAGCUGGCGGUGGUGCCGGUGCUGGUCUUGAUGUUGGCGCUGGUGUCGGUGUCGGUCUUGGCGGUGGCAUUGGCGGCGGCGCUGGUGGUGGUGCUGGUGGUGAUGCUGGUGGUGACGCUGGUGGCAACGGCGGCGAUGACUCCGACGACUCUUCUCCCGAUGACAGCUCUUCUCCUGAUGACAGCUCAUCUCCCACCCCUACUGACGGUGGCGAUGACAGCAGCGCCACCAACCCCGAUCAGCCAGCCUGGACUUCUCCCUCUGCCGACGACGGUUCGGAUGACGGUUCGGAUGAUGGCUCCGAUGGCUCCGAUGACUCUGACGAUUCCGAGCCUGCGACUGGUGGCUCGACUGGUGGCAAUGGCGGAGCUGGUGGCGGCAUCGGCGCUGGUCUUGGUGUUGGUGUCAAUGCCGGAGCUGGUCUUGGUGGUGGUGCUGGUGGCGGCAGCGGUGGCCUCGGUGGCCUUAUCGGCGCUGGUCUUGGUGUCGGUCUUAAUGCCGGUGCUGGCCUUGGCGGCGGUGCUGGUGGCAUGGGUGGACUUGGUGGUGGUCUCGGAGCCGGUCUCGGUGUUAAGGCCGGAGCUGGCCUUGGUGCCGGAGCUGGCGGUGGUGCCGGUGGUGCUGGCCUUGGUGCUGGUGCUGGCCUUCAGGCCGGUGCUGGUCUCCAGGCUGGUGCCGGUGGUGGUGCCGGUGGCGGUUGGUAA